AAUUCAUUCAAGGAACAUCCUCAAUGAUGCCAAAAUCAACGGUCAAAUAUGGUAGAAUACCAAAAGAGCAUUGGAGUUAUCCCGAAUGGAUAAAUCAAACAAGGGCAGCAGAGAAUAGAGAAUUACAUGAAUUGCUAAAGGAUUAUGAUUAUUAUUGGAGAGUCGAGCCAUAUGUAAAUUUUUAUUGUGAUGUUGAUUAUGAUCCGUUUUUAUUUAUGGAAAAGAAUAAAUUGAAAUAUGGAUUUACAAUAACUUUUCAUGAAUUCGAAAAUACCAUUCCAACACUUUGGCAGACUGUUAGACAAUUUACCAAAGAGUAUCCUGAUUUAAUACCAAAAGAUAAUACACUCAAAUGGAUUACUGAUGAUGAUGGCGAAACUUAUAAUUUGUGUCAUUUUUGGAGCAAUUUUGAAAUUGGAGAUUUAAAUUUUUGGAGAAGUGAAAAGUAUUUGAAAUUCUUUGAAUAUUUGGAUAAUGCUGGUGGAUUUUUUUAUGAGAGAUGGGGGGAUGCACCAGUACAUUCAAUAGCAGCAGCUUUAUUUCUAAAUAAAUCUCAAAUACAUUUUUUUAAUGAUAUUGGUUAUAAACAUAACCCAUUCACCCAUUGUCCCGUCAAUAAAGAAAUACAAGAAUCCGGAAAAU